AGUGGGUGGUGGGCGGAGCGCUACGGGGACCGGCCGGGCAUGGCGACAGCUGGACUCUGGAAUUUAAAAUUUUUAUUAAUGAGUAGGCUCAGUGUCAGUGAGAUGUGGGUGAUCGGGAGGAGGAAAAGGAUUGUUCUAGUGACAGUCACAGCAUCCAUAAUUGGAUUAUUCUUAGCUAUCUGUCUAUUCACACCGUCCACAACCACUGAUACUCACUUUAUAUCAGGUGGAAAUGGAAACCUUCCAAAUCCAGACAUUGAUCAUCUUCCCACACAAAAUUUGACAGUUUAUACCUGCUCCCGUCCCUCCUCCUCCUCUACUAUAAUUAAACACGACCUCAAGCAGAUUAAGGGUAUUUUUAGACACUACGUACCAAAGAGCUUUGAUCCCAAAUACAAGAACUAUUGCUGGAGGUCACAACUUAAGCUCUCAGCCCUACCCCACACUGUACCGGAUUUACGUCAUUAUUAUGAAAGUCAUCAACUCGCUGAUUAUCAAGUAAAUGAAUUAAUACAAAAGGCUGGAGGAGCUGUAGAUGGAAUUAAUGGUGAUACACUGACUUGCAUUCCUUCUGUUUUCAUGGCCGGUUUUCCUAAAAGUGGCAGCACUUAUAUAUACAAAUUAUUGAGCCAGCAUCCGUCAGUUAGUCCAGGAAAAGUGAAAGAGCCACAUUUUUGGACAUCGUUUCCUUUUCAAAAUAAAAACAAUUACAAUAAACUAGCAGUCCUUACUUAUCUAGCUAAUUUUAAACAUGCUAGCAAUUGUAGUUCAACUGAUAGUGAUUGUGUUACUAUUGACGCCAGUCAGAGUUUGAUUUGGAACACUAGAUACACAAUCUCUGAUUGUACUCUACCACGGGUCUUUAGGGAGUUAUUUCCAAAUGCUAAAUUCAUUAUAAACAUGCGUGAGCCAACCUCCAGGACUUACUCUGAUUUCCACUCCUUUAGUCUCAAUGAUUGUUCGCAGUUCUUCAAAUCUGUUCUUCUCUCGGAGGUUUUCGAUCGUAAAAUGAAAUCAGAAACAGGUCACUUCUCGUCUUGCUUACAAUCACAUUCACUUCAUUAUUGUACUCAAGAGUCAAUUAAUUAUCCUGCUAAGGUAUUCAAGGACUGCGGAGAGGUUCGACUAGGUUCUAGUGUAUACGUGUCUCACGUUAAAAGAUGGUUGGCAUUCUUCCCACGAGAUCAGUUCCUGUUUCUAAGACUCGACGACAUCAUUAAUGAUCUUUAUGGAACCAUGAAGGAAAUAUGGUCGUUUCUUGGGGUACGGGUUUUAUCACAAGAAGAAUUUGCAGAAUUAAAGAAGAGAGUGAUUCGGAAACCGAAAGAGUAUAAUUCGAUGAAGGAUUCCACUAGACAGCUGCUUGACGAUUUCUUUCGGCCAUUUAACGAAGAAUUGGCUGAGACAUUAGGUGAUAAUAAAUUUAUAUGGAAAUAAAUUAAAGUAUAUUAUGAUUUUAGCUGAUUUUUAUCCUUUUUAUUUAUCAUGAGGUGACAUUAUUAUUAUCCUUACAUUUAUUAUUAUUUUAGAAUUUUUGAUGCUUUAAGAUUUGAAAAACUGCA